UGGAUAUCAUGUUCUACUACCCUGGUAGGUUUCUGAGGAGCUGAUUCUUUUGCAGCACAUCCAGGUUCAAAGACAGAAAUAAUUUUAAGGAUCAGUGAAGAAUGGCAGAAAAUGCUCGGUUAUUUGUCGGGGGAGUUGUGGGUGAUGUCAGUGAAGAGGAUCUCCAUAAGGAGUUUGGCAAGAUGGGCAACAUCAUCGACAUACAUGUUGGCUCAACCUUCGCCUUCAUCCAGUAUGAAGACGCUCAAGAUGCUGAUGAUGCAGUUGCAAAGUAUGAUGGCGCCGAGCUGUUUGGUAACAAAGUCCACGUGACAAUUGCCCGCCCAAGAGAGGAUCGCUUCCGGGGACGUGGCAGAGGAGGAUUCCGUGGCAGGGGAGAUUCUGGGGGAUUCCGUGGUCGAGGAGGGUUUGGGGACCGUGGAGGCUAUCGAGGCCGCAGUGACAGCCGUGGAGGAGGAUUCCGGGGUGGUUUCCGUCGCUAUGACGACGACAGUGGGGGCUUCCGCCGACGUGACGAUCGCUAUGACAACCGGGAUCGCUUCCAGAGCCGAGGGGGAUUUCGAGGCCGGGACGAUGACAGAAGGGGUCGUGGUCGUGGGUUCUCUGAGGGGGGAAGUCGAGGUGGUCGAGGAGGUUUCUCUCGCUUCUCUGAUUCAUAUGAUGAAGGUGGCGGAUCUCGCUUCUCCAAUGGAUACAAUUCUUCAUCUUUUGGGAAAGACAGCAGCAGGAGGUUCAGCCGCAGCAGGUCUCCAGUUGAAAGAGGAUAUCGCACAUCUUAUGGUGAUGACGACGACAAAUAUCGAAGGUCCCCUGAUUAUGACAGACCACGUGGAUAUGGCAGAGGACGAGGAGGAGGUGGUGGCAGUUUUCGCCCAAUGAGGUACUUGGGACAGUCCCAAUAUUGA